UCAAAUGAAGGUCAAAGUACUGUGUGCACUUUCAACCAAUUAGAGAGCUUUAAUUCUUAUUCAACAACUUCAUCCAAUAAGCUUCCAGAUUCUCUUGAUGUUAGGUCACUGCAAAAUAAAUUGGACAAAAAUGAUACAGUUGCUGCCAAGUGCAGAAAUAGUAUGGAACCAUUACCUGACAGGGCACUCAAUCCAGCAAGUUGCAGUUUUUGGAAGGUGCCAUCAAGUACCUACAGCAAUCUGUCAGUGUCCUCAUGUCGAACGGUCUUAGCAGAUCGUUUCAACCAAUCAACAAAGUUUAUUGAAACAUGUGAUGUCUCGGACAACUAUCCAAUGAUAUAUAGCCCUCAAGCAAAUGAAUCACUAAGGAAUGACCAGACAUCUAGCUAUGCUGGGUCCAAUUUGCAUAUCCAGGAGAAUGUAGGUUAUGGCCUAAGUGGAGACAACAAUCUGGAAAUUAAUUCAAUUGGUCAAGAUCAUGGGUAUCAGACGGAGCCGUCAACACAAGAGGACAUGUACUCAUCUGACUAUCCUUACUUUGAAGAUGACGAAGAAGAGCAGGCAUCAUACAGUUGUCUGGAUGCUUCUCACCGCAGCAUCAACUACUGCCAGACUGGGGCUUCAGGGGAAGACCUCUAUGAUCCUUCAGUGAUUGUUGACCAGCUUGAGGCAUCAGUGAGACAACAAGUGGAUUUCCAACUGCAGUCUUUUCAAAAUAAUCUACAUGAAGCCAUUUAUGAACAAUUGAAUAAUUUCAGAGAAUUGGUGACGGUGCAGGCGACUAAUAUUGGACAUUCAGUUCCUUUAAAG